AUGGAUGAGCCAGAUUACGAGUCCCUCCCACCCAAUGCCGGUCUCUCCGUGAACAUGUGUGCUGGUGCUCUGGCAGGGAUAUCUGAACAUGCUGUUAUGUUUCCUAUUGAUAGCAUCAAGACACGUAUGCAAGUUUUCGCGACUUCUCCGGUAGCGGUGUACAGUGGUAUUGGGAACGCUUUUACGCGCAUAUCAUCCACAGAAGGCAUGAGGGCACUCUGGCGAGGUGUGUGGUCUGUUGUGUUAGGAGCUGGGCCGGCCCAUGCGGUUCAUUUUGGUACUCUGGAGGCUGUAAAAGAGAUUAUGGGAGGCAAUGAAGCUGGUAAUCAGUGGUUGGCAACUUCUGUUGCGGGCGCAUCGGCUACUACCGCUGCUGACGCGUUGAUGAACCCGUUCGAUGUCAUCAAACAGCGAAUGCAAGUGCACCAGUCUGAGUUCCGAUCCGUCUUUACUUGCGCAAGAACUGUAUUUCAUAACGAAGGGCUUGCCGCAUUUUACGUCUCCUACCCCACAACCUUGGCAAUUUCGAUACCAUUCAACUCUAUCCAGGUUACCAUAUACGAGCAGCUCAAGCGCGUUUUGAAUCCCUCACAUAAAUAUUCCCCUUCAACCCACAUUCUUGCUGGUGCUGGUGCUGGUGCUGUUGCUGCCGCCCUCACGACACCAUUAGACGUUGCAAAGACUAUGCUCCAAACAAGAGGAACCUCAUUAGAUCCUGAAAUUCGAAAUGUGUCGGGGAUGAAGGAGGCUUUUGGAAUAAUAUGGCGCAAAGAAGGUCUCAAGGGCUUUGGUAGAGGAUUGACACCUCGCGUAUUAACGACGAUGCCAAGUACAGCCUUGUGUUGGUUGUCCUAUGAAUUCUUCAAGGCCGCAAUACGAACAGAUUGA